AUCAUCAACAGCGUCACUAGUUUUUACAUCAACUGUUACCUCGUUUUCAACGCCAUCAAUCUUACCUUCGAGAAUGUUACCUCGAUUUCAGCAUCAUCAGCUGUAACCAGCAAUUGUGACUUGCCUACAACGUUAAUCACUAUCAACGUUUACCUCGUCUUCAACGUCAUCAUCUGUGACCUUACCUUCAUGGUCAUCAACUGUGACUUCACCUUCAACGUCAUCAUCUGUGACCUUGCCUUAAUGGUCAUCAACUGUGAACUUGACUUCAACGUCUUCACCUAUGACCUUGCCUUCAUGGUCAUCAACUGUGAACUUGACUUCAACGUCUUCACCUGUGACCUUGCCUUCAUGGUCAUCAACUGUGACCUCGCCUUCAAUGUCAUCAACUGUGACCUUACCUUCAACCUCAUCAACUGUGACCUUUUCUUCAGUGUUAUCAACUGUGACCUCGACUUCAACGCCAUUAAUUGUGACAUCGCCUUCAACGACAUCAACUAUGAUUUCGCCUUCAACUACAUCAAUUUCGACCUCGUCUUCAACAUCAUCGAUCUUUCAGUAACCCGUACCGCGAUUUCAAUUUCAUCAGUAUAUAUAUAUAUGUAUAUUUAUCAAAUGUUACCUCGCCUUAGGAUGAAAAUAACUACCCAUAUGGAUGCAGUGAUUGAUGUACAGUGGAUAUAAUUGCCAUUGGGUGUAAGAAACCACUCAUUUACGUGUAUUGCCAAUUAAGUGUGAAAGUCUGUGUUUCGCUUAUGUACAAGUUUUAUUUCCGAGUAAAUCAAAAUGUAAAUGAU